AAAACUUUGCUGCCCUUCCUGCUCCUCUUGUCUUCUUUUCUCCUGAUACCUUUUGAUGCUCUUCACAUGUUAUUUGCAUAGCAAAGGCACUAAGCUGUCCAGGAAGAGAGGGCACCACUUCCACCCCCAAUAAGUCUUUUUUUUCCCUUCCUUCCUUUCUUUUUUUUCUCCCCCCCCCCCUUUUUUUUUGGAGGGAGGGGGUGCGGGAGAGAAAGGGGGUUUGCAAAGGCAGCAUCUCAGGAUGAUAGCCUGGAUGUAUUGAAGGCAUCUCUUUUUCUGCCAAAUCGGAAAGUCCGUUCUCUAAAGCCCGGGUUAGCCAGACUAUAGGGUUUUAUUCUGGCUGCAGAAUAACUAACUCACUGCUGUGGCUUUGCAAAGGGGGGCAGAAAAAAAAAAAAGAGGAGAGGGAGUACGUGAGUCGUCCAGUGCAAUCUCUAUUGUUUGAAACUUACUUUUUAUCAGAAUUUGAAGAUGAAAACGUUUUCUUAAAGAAAAACCUGCAUUUUAUAGUUCAAGUCAGUGUCUUAGUCAGACAAGUGCAUAUUUUAUGCCUGGGCUCAGAGGGCAAAAUUAAUGUGCUAGCUAUAGUCCCGAUGCUCUAGAUAUGUUAAGCUCUUAAUAGGCUAAUCAAAGAGAUGGAAAUGUGUGUUUUUGAUUUACUUUUGGCCACUUGGGACGUGCUAGACUCAUAACCCUCCGGAGCCUUGAAUAUCGGGUUAAAAAAUGGCCAUACUUUAGUGACUAAUCAGCCUAAUGCUCUGCUUAUGAAAAUUUUACCAUCAUUAUCUUUUUAAUUUUGGACUGAGAAAAUGAAUCCAGAUACAGAAGAAAGUACGGGAUGUUGGAAAAAAAUACCUGUUAAACAGUGGAAUAUCUAAUAACUAAUCUGCAAGAGGUAUUAAAGAAAUAAAAUUGUUAUGCUUCGAUUUUGGCAUGGUAUUGACUCUCUAGCACAUAGGUAGCCCUCUAAAAAAUCAUCCAGUUUUCUAAAUUAUGGAAAUUUUGUGGAAGACGUUGACCUGGAUUUUGAGCCUCGUCAUGGCUUCAUCGGAAUUUCAUGGUGACCACAGGCUUUCAUACAGUUCUCAAGAGGAAUUCCUGACUUAUCUAGAACAGUACCAGCUAACUAUUCCAAUAAGGGUUGAUCAAAAUGGAGCUUUUCUCAGCUUUACUGUGAAGAAUGAUAAGCACUCCAGGAGAAGACGGAGUAUGGACACUUUCGAUCCACAACAGGCAGUAUCUAAGUUAUUUUUUAAACUUUCAGCCUAUGGCAAGCACUUUCACCUAAACUUGACUCUCAACACAGAUUUUGUGUCCAAACAUUUUACAGUAGAAUAUUGGGGGAAAGAUGGACCCCAGUGGAAACAUGAUUUUUUAGACAACUGUCAUUACACAGGAUACUUGCAAGAUCAACGUAGUACAACUAAAGUGGCUUUAAGCAACUGUGUUGGGUUGCAUGGUGUUAUUGCUACAGAAGAUGAAGAAUAUUUUAUUGAACCAUUAAAGAAUACCACAGAGGACUCCAAACAUUUUAGUUAUGAAAAUGGCCAUCCUCAUGUUAUUUACAAAAAGUCUACCCUUCAACAACGUCAUCUAUAUGAUCACUCUCAUUGUGGGGUUUCGGACCUCCUAAGAAGUGGCAAACCUUGGUGGUUGAAUGACACAUCUGCUUUUCCUUCUUCACUACCAAUUAAUGGCAUACAUAUCCACCAGAGACAGAAGAGAUCAGUAAGCAUUGAGCGGUUUGUGGAGACAUUAGUAGUGGCAGACAAAAUGAUGGUGGGCUACCAUGGCCGCAAAGACAUUGAACAUUACAUUUUGAGUGUGAUGAAUAUUGUUGCCAAACUUUACCGUGAUUCCAGCCUAGGAAACGUUGUGAAUAUUAUAGUGGCCCGUUUAAUUGUUCUCACAGAAGAUCAGCCAAACUUGGAGAUAAACCACCAUGCAGACAAGUCCCUCGAUAGCUUCUGUAAAUGGCAGAAAUCCAUUCUCUCCCACCAAAGUGAUGGAAACACCAUUCCAGAAAAUGGGAUUGCCCACCACGAUAAUGCAGUUCUUAUUACUAGAUAUGAUAUCUGCACUUAUAAAAAUAAGCCCUGUGGAACACUGGGCUUGGCCUCUGUGGCUGGAAUGUGUGAGCCUGAAAGGAGCUGCAGCAUUAAUGAAGACAUUGGCCUGGGUUCAGCUUUUACCAUUGCACAUGAGAUUGGUCACAAUUUUGGUAUGAACCAUGAUGGAAUUGGAAAUUCUUGUGGGACGAAAGGUCAUGAAGCAGCAAAACUUAUGGCAGCUCACAUUACUGCAAAUACCAAUCCCUUUUCCUGGUCUGCCUGCAGUCGAGACUAUAUCACCAGCUUUCUAGAUUCAGGCCGUGGUACUUGCCUUGAUAAUGAGCCUCCCAAGCGUGACUUUCUUUAUCCAGCUGUGGCCCCAGGUCAGGUGUAUGAUGCUGAUGAACAAUGCCGUUUCCAGUAUGGAGCAACAUCCCGCCAAUGUAAAUAUGGGGAAGUGUGUAGAGAGCUCUGGUGUCUCAGCAAAAGCAACCGCUGUGUCACCAACAGUAUUCCUGCAGCUGAGGGAACACUCUGUCAAACUGGGAAUAUUGAAAAGGGGUGGUGUUAUCAGGGAGAUUGUGUUCCUUUUGGCACUUGGCCCCAGAGCAUAGAUGGGGGCUGGGGUCCCUGGUCACUAUGGGGAGAGUGCAGCAGGACCUGCGGGGGAGGCGUCUCCUCAUCCCUAAGACACUGUGACAGUCCAGCACCUUCAGGAGGUGGAAAAUAUUGCCUUGGGGAAAGGAAACGGUAUCGCUCCUGCAAUACAGAUCCAUGUCCUUUGGGGGCCCGAGAUUUUCGAGAGAAACAGUGUGCAGACUUUGACAAUAUGCCUUUCCGUGGAAAGUAUUAUAACUGGAAACCCUAUACUGGAGGUGGGGUAAAACCUUGUGCGUUAAACUGCUUGGCUGAAGGUUACAAUUUCUACACUGAACGUGCCCCUGCGGUGAUUGAUGGGACUCAGUGCAAUGCAGAUUCGCUGGAUAUCUGUAUCAAUGGAGAAUGCAAGCAUGUAGGUUGUGAUAAUAUUUUGGGAUCCGAUGCUAGGGAAGAUAGAUGUCGAGUCUGUGGAGGGGAUGGAAGCACAUGUGAUGCCAUUGAAGGGUUCUUCAAUGAUUCGUUGCCCAGAGGAGGCUACAUGGAAGUAGUGCAGAUACCAAGAGGCUCUGUUCAUAUUGAAGUCAGAGAAGUUGCCAUGUCAAAGAACUAUAUUGCUUUAAAAUCUGAAGGGGAUGAUUACUAUAUUAAUGGUGCCUGGACAAUUGACUGGCCUAGGAAGUUUGAUGUUGCUGGGACAGCUUUUCACUAUAAGAGGCCAACCGAUGAACCAGAAUCCUUAGAAGCUUUAGGUCCCACCUCAGAAAAUCUCAUUGUCAUGGUUCUGCUUCAGGAACAGAAUUUGGGAAUUAGGUAUAAAUUCAACGUUCCCAUCACCCGGACAGGCAGUGGAGACAAUGAAGUUGGCUUUACAUGGAAUCAUCAGCCUUGGUCAGAAUGCUCAGCUACUUGUGCUGGAGGUGUCCAAAGACAGGAGGUGGUCUGUAAAAGGUUGGACGACAACUCCAUUGUCCAGAACAAUUACUGUGACCCUGAUAGUAAGCCACCUGAAAAUCAAAGAACCUGCAACACUGAGCCCUGCCCACCAGAGUGGUUCAUUGGGGACUGGUUGGAAUGUAGCAAGACUUGUGAUGGUGGGAUGCGCACAAGGGCAGUGCUCUGCAUCAGGAAGAUUGGACCUUCUGAGGAGGAGACACUGGACUACAGUGGUUGUUUAACACACCGGCCUAUUGAAAAAGAGCCCUGCAACAACCAGUCAUGUCCACCGCAGUGGGUGGCUUUGGACUGGUCAGAAUGCACUCCCAAAUGUGGUCCAGGAUUCAAGCAUCGGAUUGUUCUGUGCAAGAGCAGUGACCUUUCUAAAACAUUCCCAGCAGCACAAUGUUCCGAGGAGAGCAAACCCCCAGUCCGCAUCCGCUGCAGUUUGGGCCGCUGUCCUCCUCCUCGCUGGGUGACAGGAGACUGGGGCCAGUGUUCUGCUCAGUGUGGACUUGGACAGCAAAUGCGGACUGUGCAAUGUCUUUCCUACACUGGACAGGCAUCGAGUGACUGUCCAGAAACUGUUCGACCUCCAUCAAUGCAGCAGUGUGAAAGCAAAUGUGACAGUACCCCCAUUUCCAGUACUGAAGAGUGCAAAGAUGUGAACAAAGUGGCUUAUUGCCCACUGGUGUUGAAGUUCAAGUUCUGCAGUAGAGCAUACUUCAGACAGAUGUGUUGUAAGACCUGCCAAGGACACUGACCCAUGGAAAGCCAGAGAGAGAGCGCCUUGUCAUUUCAUCGUGGAAAUGCAUCCAUCACAGAGAGCCACCCAGAGGAAGAGGAUUGAUGUCCUUGCAAAUGCAUUACCCUGUGGAAAACGUAACCACUGGUCAGCCCUAGCUGACAGGAUUUCAAUAUUAUUUUAACUUCUGUGAAGUGGGAUUUAUUGAUCCAAAGUGCUGGACACGGUAUUAGGAGGGAAUGCCAGAUUGGAGAGAUCCAAACAACACAGGGAGACUUGUUUACUGUGGAACGUUUGUGUUCUUUCGAGUAAAUCCAAUAGCCUGUUUACCUCCUUGGACCAUUAAGAUAAUUUUUAUUAUGGACUUAGCAAUGACACUGAAUCCAUUUGUAUUUAAAACUGUUUAAAAUGUAGCUGUUUUGACUUGGUCAACUAUGGAAGUAAAGAAGAUUCAGAAAUCUUAAGUCAUAGCUUAAAAAUAUUUACUAUACUUUAUCACUACAACAGCACCACGAUUUAAAUUCUAAAACGGGCUUUGAACUGUAAUUUAAGGAGCAAUUAUAAAUCAAAAGUAAUGAAAGUUUGUAUUAUUUUUCUUCAUUCCACUUAAUUUCCUUAGGAAUAAUCCCCCUGUUCUGAACACUGCUGUGAGCCAUAUAUAAACUAUAUUAAACUGAACAACAAUGAAGGACUUAGUUUAAAGCAGCGCAUCAGUUACUGCAGCUGUGCAAGUCUAUAAAUUCACUGCUAAUAGACUGUGGCUAACUUGCCAUUGUGCAAGUGAAGCUGAGAUUUCCAUUAAAACUUUAAGAGAAAAACAUUUCAAUUUCAUGCAGAAGCCAGACCUGGGGUAUGGUAGAGACUGAAGUACCAGGCCUUUUGCUGCCAUCACACAGGAUGCCUCAGUUCUUAAUUGAGUCACCCCAACUCACUUGUGUUUACAUCCUCUCCAGCCACAGAACGGCUUCUGCCCUAUUGGAUUGUUGCAUAUGCAUGUUGAGCUUGCUGAGAUGAUACCAUGCAAAAGAUAGACUGGCUCAGUGACAACCAGGCAGACUCUUUUGCUGACAAUUACGAUGGGUUCCAGAUGUCCCUUCUUUGAUAUGGCAGAAGGGCAUUUAUUUAUAUGAGAACAAGUGUGUGUGUGUGUGUGAGCGCUUUUGAGUGUGUGGGUAGAUGAGUGUGCUUGCACAUAGAUGUGCUAUUUCUGUGAGUUUUAAAGUAGGCAAGGGAUAAUAACCAAAGAAGAAAAACUCAUGAAGACUAGAGGUCAUAAAGCAUCAUUUUAAUAGUCAUUCAACCAAGUAUUUUGUGUUUUUUAUGGAUACUCUGAAUGGCAAUUAAAUGUGAAACCCAAUUUCUUGGGCAAGUCAAAUUCUAGAAUCAAGUCCACCUAAAUUAAACUGACUAAACUCACAUUUUCCCAGUCCACAUCACACUCGUCAAGAGAUUUGACAGUGAGAUUUUUUAAAAGAGAAAAAAAAAGAGGGUACUUGCUUAUAUGACUAUUUUGUACUUGAACACUUGCAACAGGAUCUUGAUGAAUGUGUUUUGUGUCCUACACAUGAGUGCACCUUGCGACACCAACACCUCAAACUCAAACCAAGCGGCUACUUUGUAAAGCUACUACUUGCAGUUAAAGAGUAUGUUUGACUUAAAUCCAUCACUGUGCUCUGAAACAACAUGUCAGGUGUAUCAAUCACAUACACCAUAACCUAAAGUGGUUGAUGAGGUUUUUUCAGAAAGGGAGACUCACAGACUUCAAAACCAAACGUCAGAUUUGCUGUGGACAGUCAGCAUGGGACGUUUGUUGCUCUGUGUGCUCAGUCGCCCUCAUCUGAGUCUCCUCGCCUGCUUUCUCUCUCAGCACCACAGCUCAUGUCCCUGAGUUUCCAGAGAGAGCGAUUGACAGUAGACGAGUGGCCAGGACCCCAAUCUCUGCUGCCUUGGAAGACAGCCCAAGUGCCACCUCAGCCGUCAGUAAAGGGCAGGCAGCCACAAGCAGCAGGGCCCCAGCACUGACUUCCUUUGGCCCCUUGCAAAGAGCACUUAACUUGGUGCUAAUGUGCCCUGGUGAAAUAAAAUAAGCGAACAAAAGAUGGUUGGUUUCCCUGGCAUUUUAGGCAUAGGUUUGCUAUCGGGAUCUGCUUUUCUCCAAUGUAAAUAUCAGCUUAUGUUUUUAUUUCAAACAGAUUCCUUACAUUACUGACUAAAGGCUACUUUUCCCCUCACCCAGGAACUAACAUGGUGAGGGCCAUACCCCUGAGCCCCGUGCAGCACCCCAACUGGUGCUAGAAGAGGAGGGCAGACAUGUCCCUCUGGGGUGUGCAACGGCACCAAGGCCAGCGGGCAGAGAACUCCCGGGGGCAGCAUCAGAUUACCUUUCUAGAAGGAACCAAGCACAGGAUGUGUAACAGGACUAAACUUUCAAUUGGCCUUGAAUUUAAACCUGAGUGAGGAAAAGUCAUAUUCCACAGCACAUCACAGUACUGCUGCUACUCUGUCGUCAACCACAUGGCUACACGAUGCUCUAUUCCUAAAUGAUAACAAUAGGAUUGUCGGCAGAUGCUGAGCCACCAUGGCUGGCCCUCCGAAAUAUAUAUAGGCUACUUAGGGAACCCCAAGGAAACUGGUACCCCGUGGCUGAGAGCAGUAUCCGCCACUGGCAUAAGACCCACCAAAAAAGGCAAGGUAAGCGUACCCAACUGACUCCUUAAACAGUCCAUUUCAUUAAGAAUUUUAUUAUUUGAGUGAAUGUCACAUAGGUAUCCUUAAUAAUACAGAAUGAAAUUACCUUUGUAUUAUUGCGAUUAGUUGUUGCUUAUUAUUUUAUACUCAGUAUUAAUGUGGUACACUGUUACUUUUUUUUUUGCUUUUGUAAAUUAUAUUCUAAUUUAUUGCCAUGUUUCCUAACACGUGUCCUACAUUCAAUUUCCUGCUUGUAAUGAAAAUGAAAAAGUCAUUGUAACACUUGAUGGAGUGAAAUUCCACACCAGGCACAGAUUUUUUUUUAACAUAGACAAUUUAGUAAAAAUAAAAUUCAGCUUGUAA